UGAACCGGAUGGCCCCGUCGUCGUCUUCAAGGAUACAGCAAAGGUACCAAUGAACCGCCACCACAUGUUCGUCAAGAAACAGACCAGUGAUCUUCAACAUCCUAGUUCAGUUUCUGGGUUUGGAGAUCUCCAUCUCCAUGGAUCGGCCAAGUAAGCUCUGAUACCACUGAUGAUGAGAGAGAAGACAAUAUCUCACAAAUACUACAAAUCAAAUCACUGGAGAAUGGUAAGAAAGCUUGCUUGUGGAUUGGUCUUGAUAGCUUGUGGAUUGAUGUUGCUGAAAAAAACAGACGUUGGUGUAGUACUGAUCUUUCGGAAAAACUCAGAUGUCAAUGUUGGAAUAACUUACGUUUGGACUGCUGUUGCAAAAGGAGCUGUUUGUUUGGAUGGAAGUCCACCAGCAUACCACUUGGAUAAAGGUUUUGGAGCAGGGAGAAACAGAUGGUUGGUUCAUCAUGAGGGGGGUGGUUGGUGUAGCAAUAUGUCAACAUGCCUAUCCCGGAAGGACACUCGUUUGGGUUCGUCAAAGAAAAUGGAAAAGCUGCUUCCUUUCAUUGGGAUACUGAGCUCCCAACGAAAGUUUAAUCCAGAUUUCUAUAACUGGAAUAGGGUAUUGGUUAGGUACUGUGAUGGGGCAUCAUUUACGGGCGAUGUGGAAGAAGUCGAUCCAGAUACUAAUCUUCACUUUAGAGGUUCAAGAGUUUUUGUUGCUGUGAUGGAAGAAUUAUUAGCAAUGGGAAUGAAGAAGGCUCAAGAUGCGCUUCUCACAGGCUGUUCAGCUGGUGGGUUGACUGUCACAUUACACUGUGAUCAAUUCCGAGCGCUUCUACCUCGAGCUACAAAAGUAAAAUGUGUCACGGACGCUGCUUAUUUUGUCAAUGUGAAGGACAUUUCUGGAGCACGACACAUUGAAACCUACUACAACGACGUGGUUAAAACACACGGAUCAGCUAAUAAUUUGCCCCCAUCAUGCACUUCAAAAUGGAAGCCUGGUUUGUGUUUUUUCCAGCAAAACAUGGCAAAGCUAGUUCAGACUCCGCUUUUUGUGGUAAAUUCAGCCUAUGAUUCGUGGCAGAUACCGAACAUUUUGGCACCUGACACAGCUGAUCCAGACGGCAGAUGGCAUGACUGCAAGUUUAAUUUGACCAAAUGUUCAACUGAUCAGCUCAAGACCAUCCAAGAUUUCAGGUUGAUGUUUUUGGAUGCAUUGAAAGAACUAGGCAGUUCUUCAUCUAGGGGAAUUUUCAUAGACUCUUGCUAUGAACAUGACCAAAUUACUGUACAAGAAACCUGGCUCAGUGAUGACUCUCCGGCACUAGAUGGAACGAAACUGGCAAUGGCAGUUGGAGAUUGGUACAAUGACAAUUAUCCAUUCCAGAAAAUAGAUGAUUGCAGUUAUCCUUGCAAGAAUUGCCCCAGUUUUAAGCAUACUUUGUGACCAUCAGACUUUGUUUUCCCUUUUUUCCUCUGAGAUGUUUUUCUGGUUUCUGUAGGACUCUCAAGGCUAUGCCCUUGGUCCAUGUGUUCUUGGUUUCUUAGUCUUACCUUAUUUUAAAAAUAAAUAAAUAAAUGUGUCAAAGGGAUCUAAAUUCUAUUUGUAAUCAUAAGUUAGUCCAUUUGUAUGUAUGGCACGUGUAAUUACCACUUUAAUAGACCUUCAUAUCAUUGGUCC